CGAUCGCUUUCAUUGCGCAUCGGCAACAUUGGUUUCUGUCGCUAAACAAUCGUUGUGGUGUUGUGUUCGUUGUCUUGUCUUGUAAUCAGCUGUGUGGUAUUUGUAUUGUUACUGUGGUCGGAAAUGGGAAUAUGGGAUAGAAGUUGUGGGUGUGUUUUUUAGAAGUAUAUAGAAAAAAUUUCAAAAUACAAGAAACCAUGUUCAGCGAUUGUGUUUCAAUAUUUUUGCUCUUGGUAUUACCUUUUACUGGAAUCGCUGAACGAUUAAACGAAUACAUCAAUACCUAUGAAACUCUUAACUACGAUACAAAAGAUGUUCAACACGCCCAUUUUAGAGCCAAAAGGUCCGCAAGUUCUGAAGCUGUCGUCCAAAUUUCAUUCAAUGCCCAUGGUCAUGACUUUCGAUUACGGAUGAAGCGAGAUCUCGACGUUUUCAAUGACAAACUAGAGAUUCACGGACCUGAAGGAAUGCUCGAUCUCGAUACAUCCCAUAUCUACCAAGGAAAUAUUUUAGGUGUACCAAAUAGUUCCGCCUUUGGAUCAAUAAUAGAUGGCGUGUUUGAAGGAAAAAUAAUAAUGCCAAAGAAGGGUUCGUACUACGUAGAAAAAGCCCACCAUUAUUUCCCUCAUGCAACCCAUCCGAACAAAACUUUUCACAGUGUCAUAUAUCACGAAGAUCACGUUGAGGAUCCUUAUGCAAAUAUUAGAAAAGGACACUCAGCUGGUUGCGGUAUCAAUGACGAAGUAAUCCAGUGGAUGAACAAAAUACAGUUUUCCGGUGAAGGAGAUCCGCCCAUUUCACCUCCUGUAUCGGAAAAAUUACAAUCGGACAAAAAAUAUAUAAAUACCGAAGACGCUUUUAACAAAUACUCCAAAGAAAUGAACGAACAAACUAAAACUAGGCAUAAAAGAUCAACUAGAAGAGACGAUAAUAAGAAUACUUGUUCUCUUUAUAUACAAACGGAUCCUCUGAUAUGGAGGCACAUACGAGAAGGUUUUCCUGAACAUUUGGACCCGAAGAAACAAUCUGAAGUCAACGAAAAGACUAGAGAAGAAAUUCUGUCUCUGAUCGCCCAUCAUGUCACUGCCGUUAAUUAUAUUUAUAGGGACACUAAGUUUGAUGGAAGGAACGAGCAUCGUAAUAUCAAAUUUGAAGUACAGAGAAUUAAAAUUGACGACGAUUCCUCAUGCCGCUGUUACCACAGAGGCUGCGGCGAGAUCAACCAAUUCUGCCUAGAAAACAUAGACGUCAGCAAUUUCCUCAACAUCCAUUCGUUAGGCAACCACGAAGAUUUUUGCCUAGCGUACGUGUUCACUUACAGAGACUUCACCGGAGGUACAUUGGGACUGGCUUGGGUCGCUAGUGCUUCCGGAGCCUCCGGCGGUAUCUGCGAAAAAUACAAAACUUACACGGAAACCAUCGGUGGAAUGUAUCAGUCGACGAAGAGGUCGUUGAAUACUGGUAUUAUCACGUUUGUGAAUUAUAAUAGUCGAGUGCCGCCGAAGGUAUCGCAGUUGACGCUGGCGCAUGAAAUUGGACAUAAUUUUGGUUCGCCGCACGACUAUCCACCCGAAUGUCGACCGGGAGGACCGAACGGUAACUACAUAAUGUUCGCGUCUGCCACCAGCGGCGAUCGUCCAAACAACAGCAAAUUCUCCAGCUGCAGCAUCGGUAACAUCAGUAACGUUCUCGAUGCCAUCGAAGAGAAGAAGAAGAGGAAUUGUUUCACGACGUCGGCCGGUGCUUUCUGCGGUAACAAGAUCGUCGAAGCGGGAGAGGAAUGCGAUUGUGGAUAUGACGAUAAGGAAUGCAAGGACCAGUGUUGCUAUCCGAGAAUAGUCAGCGUGAGGGAUAGGGAAUUGAAUAGAACGGCGUUUGGAUGUACGCGAAGAAAAGACACGGAUUGCAGUCCUAGUCAAGGUCCCUGUUGCAAUAGCGAGUGCCAUUUCAUUCCCGUAUACCAAGGGGAAGAAUGCAAAAUGGAAUCCGAUUGUUCGCGAUCCUCGAAAUGUAAUGGAACCAGUGCCGAAUGCCCGUCCCCAGUUCCCCGCGAAGACAAAACGAGAUGUAACAACGGCACUCAAUUGUGCAUUAAAGGUGAAUGUUCCGGAUCGAUUUGUCUGGAAUGGAAUCUCGAAGCUUGUUCUCUAACGACUCAAGAUCAUCCUAAUAUAGAUAAAAGAAAAUUGUGCGAAUUGGCUUGCCAGAAUGGAACCGACGUUUGUAGAAGUACCAGUGAAUUUUCGGAUAAAGUCGGUCUGCCUCCGGGCGGGAUUAGCUUGAGACCUGGAUCGCCUUGUGACAAUUUCCAAGGAUACUGCGACGUGUUCCUCAAAUGCCGUGCCGUAGAUGCAGAUGGACCUUUAGUGCGACUCAUGAAUUUGCUUUUAAAUAAAGACACCCUAAUCACCGUCGCCCAAUGGAUUACCGAAUACUGGUGGGCCGUUCUUUUGAUGGGCAUUACGUUUAUCAUUUUUAUGGGACUGUUUAUAAAAUGCUGCGCAGUCCAUACGCCUUCGUCGAAUCCCAAGAUGAAGAAAGCGCAGCGAAUUAGCGAUACUUUGAGAAGGCCCAUGAACACAUUGAGACGAAUGAGAUACCAUCACGGCGGUCCACAUAACGCGAGCGCGAGUGGUCCGUCAGGAAGAAAUCGAAGAGAACCUCCUAGCAGUAGGUCCUCGACGAGUCAAGGAGGACCUAGACCUGGUUAUGGUGAGGGUAGGGGGCAUUAUCAUGCUCCAAAAGAGUAUUCUCCACUAGCGACCGCGCCGCCGCCAUCGAACAACUUUAGCCGACAGAAUCAUCCGGAAUUGUACGCGGGCGCAUACGAGAUGAGAAACAAAGUCUGACAAGAUGAGACGCAGCAGGGCCUACCGCCUCCCGACUACCCCGGCACCCCGCUGGCCGACGUAUCGUCAUCGUUUCUUCUCGUUUGCCGAGAUGAGAGGAGCGGUAAGAAUUUGGAAGAAAGUGAUUCUGCAUCUACUAUUUAGUCGGUUUUUUAAUAAGUAAUUCGUCGGGAAGCCCUUGUGAUUACUAAAAAAAAUGAGUACUUUAGUACUGGUUUAAGCGCAAUGUUACUAACACCUAGUGUUAAUUAUAGGCGGAGAAUAUAUUCAAAGAAUUUAAAUUCUCUAUGGCGAGUUCGGUAGUUCAAUUAUGAUAAUACCAAGGCUAUUUUAAAACAAUUUAUUUGCAAAACGUCUAGUAGUAUAUGUGACACGUUUGGUGAUUUUUCCCCAGAUCUGGGGAAAAAUAUAAAUUGCAACGUCGCAAUCGGUAAUCGAAGGCAGCUACAUAAAAAAAUUGAUGUUGACUAAUGGGCAACCCUUGAAUGACGUUUUUUAUGAACGUGUUUGACGAUACCUUUGUAGCUUGUAAUAAUUAUGAUAAUACCAUGGGUGGUGAUCUGAAACAAUUUAUUUAGAAAGUCUAGUAGUAUAUGGGACACGUUUGACAAUUUUACCCAGAUCUAGGGAAAAAUUAUAAAUGGCAACUUCGCAAUCUGUAAUCGAAGAUAUAUAUAUUGGUAUCGCCAAAAGGGCAACUCCAGAGUGACGUUUUUGUGACCGCGUGUUCCACGUUGCCUUUUUAGCUUGUAAUAAUUAUGAUAAUGCCAUGAGUAAAACAAUUUAUUUAGAAAGUCUAGUAGUAUAUGGGACACUUUUAAUGAUUUUUCCCCAGAUCUGGGGAAAAAGUAUAAAUAGCAACUUCACAAUCUGUAUUCGAAGAUAGCAACAUACAAAUUGGUAUAGCCAAAAGGACAACCCCUGAGUGACGGUUCAACGUUGCCAUUUUAGCAGAAUUUUAGCGAACUACGUGAUAACUGUUUUGAAUUAAUGUCUCGCCAUUGCCCUUUUGGCGAUACUAAUCUACGUUCGCUUUAUUUGAUGAUAGAUUGCGAUGUUGUCAUUUUAAUAUUUCUACAGACCGGGAAAAAAUUAUAAAUGAUAACGACGCGUAAGCUCUUUUAGACGUCACUUCUUUUGAUGACAAUUUGUGACGUUGCAACGCCCUUUACAAAACCUUAAAUUGCGUUGACAGACUUUUGCAUAUUUUUCACCAGAUCUGGGGAAAAUAUUCAAAAGUGGCCUUGUCAACUCCCAGUGAUUCGUUUUGCAAAUGGUACGUUUCUAUUUUGACACAAUUGGAGUCAAUGUCUAAUAAAAGUUUAAUAUGGAUAGGAUCGCCUUUGUUUGCAUUCACUCCAAAAAUGUAGUACCAAAGUUUGAUGUAUCCGUAAGCAACUAUUAUUAUUAGUUUGUUUUAAAUUCCUAUUAGAAUCAUUUUUGGGUAAUUUAUAAUUUAAAAGGAACUAAAAAUGGUGUUUAUACUUUUUGUAUCCCCAUUUUGAGGUGUUUAAACUGUACAUAUUUAAUGUUUACUUUUGAAAUUAUUUUAUUUUCUAUCUGUUGGUAACAUUGUGCUUAAAUAGGUAUAAUUUUCUGCGAUUUACAUGAAAAGUUGGUAAGUUUAAAUAAAUAUUUUGUUGAAACAUUUAAGACGGGCGAAAUUAUUUAUCGGGGAGUAAGAUUUAAAAAUUUUAACUUUGUUUUUUAAAUAUCUUAACAAACUCCAUAUUUGUAAAAAAAAUUAGUUUUCGUCCUUAUUAAAUGAGAAUUCUUUGUUUGUGUAAUUUUUCCGAAUUCUUGUUAAACCGACAAAAUUAUUUAACUGCCACUUUUUUGUUAAUUUUCAUGCAAGUCGCAAGAAAAAACGUGUGUGCAUGUAAGUAUAAAAAGUGUUGGUGAUUUUCUACACUGCCAAUCUACAUCGGUAGAUUUAUAUAUCAAGAAAUUUAAAAAGUGUGUAUUUACAACAUUUCUUUAAAGUCGUCUAUAAUUUCAUUCUUGUAUGCUAUUCAAUUUAUUUAAUCACAACCUGCGAUCAACAAUUACUAUCUAAUGUUAUUCUUGACAACAUUUGAUUUUACUCCCUUAGCCUUUUUAAAUACAUAAAAAAAGGUAAAGGUGUAAAAACAAAUGUCAAAAAUAAAAUAAAAAGGGAAAGUAACGUGGCAACGUAACAAUAAAUUAAACCGCAUAUAUUUGAUAGGUUGAUUUGAAAAUUAAUCUUGUAAAUGUUCAACUUUCAAGGUAAUAGUUACAUCCACAUAAAGUGGUCCAAGUUCCUGAACGUUUUCUUGUCAAAUUAUUUCGAACAACAUAUUUGUAUUAAUCGUAUAUUUAUAUAUGUAAUAAAUUUUAAGUAGUUUAUUAUUUUUAUAAAUAUAUCGCUACCUCAGUUCAAAAAAGAAAUAUCUUAAAUUAGCGCAUUUAGUUUAUUUCUGUUUAAAAUAAAAUUUUGAGAAAAUUUUGUGAGUUUUAGAAAGCAAUGUCGAUGUUUAUUAUCAUGACAAGACAUCUCUUCGUUGUUUUUAUUUUAAAUUGGACAAUAUUCGAUAUUUUUAAUAUGUUUGUACAAAUAUCUUAUUUUUUAACUUAUUUCCUUUCUGAAUUGAAGUAAAAAAUAUUAAUUCAUAUUCCUAACAACAAUAUAAUAAUUGUUUUACAUUACAUGCACACUGACAAUAUUGUAACUCAUUUAUUGUGAUUUUUAGUGAAUCUCGGGUUGGACUUCUCGGUUUUAUUAUUGUUUUACCUUACACAAAACUAUUUGUAACAAAAAAUAUUUCGGCCAAUGUGCUCUGUGAUUGAACGUUACACGGAACUUUUCGAAAAGUGCGUGUGAAAACUUAAAUGUAAAAUUUAAGAAGAAAAGUAUAAAUAAAACGGGUGCAUUUAUAUUAAUAGUCACUGUUAAUUUUGAGGGUUGGUUUUUAUAAAUUUUUUUUUUUUUAAUAAUAAAAUAAUAGUCCUGGCGUUACGCGAAAUUUUGGUUUUUAAAAUUUGAUGGUAGGAAUUUUAGAAAACUUUUUGUGUCAAAAUAUAGAAAACUUUUUUAUUAUUAAUUAUAAUAACAAAAAGUUAUUUUAUAUAAAACGUUUUGUAGUGUCUAGAACGCAUAAUACAAUCAAUAAAUAUAAAACAUGUUCAGUCGUAUACAAGGUUUGUCAAAAAUAUUAAUUUUAAUUGAAAAAUUUAAAUAAAUUGAAUCGAAUUCGAAUAAAUUCCAAUAAAUCAAAAAAAAAUUGAAAUAAAUUCAUGUUUAUUAAAAUUUAUUGAAAUAUAUUAAACUAAAAUAAUUAAUUUCACGAAUUCAACUGAGAAUAACAACGCAUAAGAUCUUUUAGACAUCACUUCUUUUGAUGACAAAUUAUAAAACCUUUAAUAGCGCGUUGACAGACUUUUGCAUAUUUUCCCCAGAUCUGGGGAAAAUCUUCAAAAAUUGCCUUGUCAGCUCGCAGUGAAGCGAUUUGCAAAGGGUACUACUAGUUUGAUGCAGUUGGUGUCAUUAUACGUCGUUUCUUUUGAUAACAGAUUGCGACGCUGCGAUUUCGAUUUUUCCUCGGAUCUGGAGAAAAAUUAUAAAUGGCAACGUCGUAAUAUGUCAUCGACGAAAGCAAAAAAUUAAAAUAUAUUCAACAAAAAAAAUUAUUUCUAUCGAACGUUCGAUAAGACUUUUCUUUUUUAGUUUGGACAUAAAAAUUUCUCUUAUUUCUUUUUGCAUAGUACUUAGUUUUGUUUCGCAUCAAUAAUUGUAUAACGGGGUGAUUAAUUUAGUUUAUUCCUGGAUACUUUUGCCACUAACGUCCUGUUUUUAUAUAAAUUAGAUUUAGACUUCUUAAUUGCCGUUUUCCUUGAUUAGGUAAAAAAAUUCUUCGAACUUUUUAAAGUAUACUGCUACAUUAAAAAUUAGCUUAGUUACCGAAUGUUUUCACCAGUUUGAAAUAAUUUUAAUUCAAAAUCGUUUUAAACUUUAAAUUGAACAUGUAUGUCAAUAAUUUUGACUACUAAAACGUAUCGCACCCUUGCUUCAAAAGUGACAACUCAAAAUUCGUAUAAUUUUAGUUAAUACUUUAAAUUUUAUAGUAUACAACCCUACAUUGAUGCUCAAAAUUUUUUUUACGUGUUAAUAAUUUAAUAAUGUUAUUCAUUCACAAUGUGAAUUUUGAGUUGUGUCACUUUUGAAGCAAGGGUGCGAUAUUAUUAAUUAAUAACAAUUUGUCUUAUAUUUACUAAAACGAAUGGAACGCAGUUUUUAAUUCUAAUGAACUUUUCGUUAUAACAAUUUUCGAUAUUGUACUUAAACAAAAUUCAUAUUUUUUGAUAAACCUCGUAUACAACUAAAAACUGAUUGUUGUAUUAUUUUUAUAAAAUUCAUAAUACAAAGUUUUCUAUAUGAUUCUAACUCGAAGUAGAUACAUUGUUAUAUAUUUAAAAAAAAAUCCUUGUAGAUAUACCAAGGAGAAUAUUUAGUUGUUGUUGAUUGAGUGCAUUUACUCUAAUGCUUGUUGAUAUUAGUUUCUAUUUUUAAGAGAACCCUAAUUCCCAUAAAAGAAUGCAAAGCAUAAUCUUUUAAAUCUAUAGUUAAAUUACUAUAUGAUUUUAUUCUUGACAACAUUCGAUUUUACCCCUUUAGCUUUUUUAAAUACAUAGAAGAUGAAACAAAAUUCCUACAAAAGAAUUGAAAUAAAUAAAAAAUUUUAAUCUUUUAAUUCGACUUCUUUUGUAGGAAUUUUAAAUUUAAUUUCUUAAAUUUUAAAAAAGCUAAAGCAGUAAAAUCAAAUGUUAAAAAUAAAAUAAGCAACAUAUUAUUUUGCAAUCACUCUAUACGAUCUCAUUUUUUUAAUUUAUAAAAUAAAUGUUGAGCAUAACUAACAAAAAUGUAAAUAGAAAUCAUUCCUUCGUUUAGUAGACGAUUUAUUCCAUUUACAUACACCUAAAUGUGAUUCAUUAUUUUCUAUUGUUAGUAUUAGCACGCAAUGGCGUAAUUUUCAACUUCUUAAUAGUCGUAAUCCAACGAAUUUUGUUUGGAUAAAAAUGACAUUUGCUCAAAAAAUCGUUGAGAAACUGAUUUUUUAAGUUUUAUAGAUUUAUUUAAAAGAAUUUCUCUACUCUCUGUAUAUGUAAGAUAUGGAGAGGACUAGAAAAGAAACGAAAAACAUUUACUGCUUUUCUUUCACAAUUUUAACAUUAUUACUUUUACUUCCUUCCCUACGUCACUCCAUAGGUAAUGCUGUUGAUUAUUUUUUGAAAGCAUGUUUGUCUCUGCUGCGUUUUCUUUAACAGCUUUACUGUGUCAUAUAUGGUUCCUUUCAGUGCUGAUUUGCCCUUGGUUAAUAAUUUCUCAUGAUAGGAGAUCCGGUGAUUAGGGUGGAUGUUCUAAAAACCUCUUGAUUGAUUUUAUUCUUGAUAACAUUUUAUUACAUCUUUGGCUUUCUUAAAUACGCAAAAGAUAAAAUUUAAAACUCGUACCAAAAAAGUCGAAACAAAAACAUUUUUUUUUUUUUAAUAUCUUUUUAAAUAAAUUUAACGUGUGGUAUUUACUAUACAAAAGAUAUUUAAAAAAUAGGAAACCUCUUAAUAUAUAGUUCAAUGAUCACUUGAAUACUUGAGUGUAUGAUAAAUAGUCAUCUUCAUUUUUUUUUAAUAAUGUAUACGUUUAUGUGGAAGAUUUUCUGAUGUUUCACAAGAAAUGUUAUAUAUUGACAUGUUGUUAUACUUAAACAUGUGAAUGUGCGCCCUCGCCAUUUAUCUGCAGAAUGAUCAAUCACAGCCACACCUCGAAAAUACACGGAUUUUUAUUUAUCGUUCAAAAGUUUUAUACAAAUAAGACAGGAAAUUUUAAAUUUUGUGUUUUUUCACUAAUUUUUGGAAGUAAUUUAAAAUUUUUGUUUGGUUUAGCUUCAAUAAUCUUAAGAAUUGUCAUUAAAGUAUAAAUGUUGUGUUAAAAUUUUAGCAAAAUAUGUUAUUUUUUAUUAUAAAAUAGAUUUGAAAUUAUUUUUGACACACUUUAAAAAGUUUUCGAGUUUCUUAUCAUCAUUUUAUCGUUGGGAUUCAACAUUGUGUAGCUUGGACUAUAAUCUGUGUUACGUGGUGACCAGGUAGAUUUGGAGGACUCUAGUCAAGAGAUGAACAAAGCUUUUUUUUAAAAAAGCCAACCCUAAAGUGUUUAUAUCAAUGUGAACAAUGUUAAUUAUCAUACUUUCUUUUAUGUAGGUAAUUUUUUUUAUUUAAUGUUUGGCUUCCUUUACAUGAAAGGCUGAUUUUGUCUCGGUAAGAUAAUCUUUUUGUACCCGUAAAUGAAUAAUUUUUUUGUAAUAAAUAUAUUUAUAA